AAAACUUUAUCCUAGGAAAGGCGAACAACACAACAGAGCACUGUUCGCUUGUGUAUUUCCCGGAAGGGGUUGGUUAGCAACGUCACGGCCUGUGGAGGCCUGCAGUUGCGGUGGAAACAAGAGAAAGAAGUAACCGGGAAGAAAAAAAACAAAUUCCUGCUGAUAUCUAACGAAGGUAAAGUGGAUCGACAGAAAAGAAGGAAACAGGAAGGCAUUUUAGAUCUAAGAAAUGACCAGCUCACCUGCUUCUAGAUUUGUUUCAAAUGGCAAGAGGAACACCAGCCCCCGGUCCCCUACCAACACUGGCGAGCUCUUCACUCCAGCACAUGAAGAAAACGUUCGAUUUAUAUAUGAUGCAUGGCAGUGUGUCCUGAGAGACCUUGCGUCCUCCAGUGAUCGGAGUGAGAGAGGACCCCAGCAGUAUGUUGAGAAGACGACAAACCCUGGGCUUAACACAUUUACUCCUGUUGACUUGAGUGAUGUAAAGAGACGGAACACACAGGACUCCAAGAAAUCUUAAGAAACGUGUGCCUGCCUGGCCGGGUCCCAUUCCUCUCCAUAGGGAGUCCUUGGGAGAUUUAUUUUCUCAUGAUAUUCUCUGUCAGUCUCAGUCUGGAAUGACCCCCCCCCCCUCCAAUAUCAUCCCACCCUCUUCAGCUUCAAAGUAAAGAAACCAAUGACUGGUCUUUCUCCUGGCUCUCUUGAAAGUGCAUGUAUUUUAGCUGAAAUCUUUGUCCCCUUAAAAAAAAAAAACACAGUUAGUUUAAAAAUGAAGAUCUGCUCUAAACGUGUUCAACGUGUCAGUUAUUCGUUUUUUGAGCUACUGGCUUUUUUUUUUUCCAAGCGCUGUCUUAAAUUGGUCCUGUGGCUCUAUGAGUCUUGCAAAGGAAGCCACCCCAGAAACCGUCUUCCUACUUGCUAUACAAUUCAGUUAUAGAUAGAAAGAGAGAAAGAAUACAACAUCAUUUUUUAACAUAUUUUUUUAAAGCCUCGCUUGACCCGGGUUUACUCAAGUUGUCUAAAAGCAGCAUCUUAUUAGCAGCGGGAUUAUAGCAACUUUGUUGUAUUUGUCUUCUAAUUGACAGUGAGCAAACAAGCUUUAUCACUGGAAUCAAGGCUGUAUAUGCGUACAAGCUUUACUGGUUCACCUAUAGAAAUUGAAAUACAACCCCUUCUGUUUGCUAAUAGAGUUCCAUGAAUCUGUAGCAGGCACCGCUUGCAUCUGAGUAAAUCUGAUUGGUUGUUGCAGCAGUUAAGCCAAAAGGUGUGGGGCUGCAUUGGUGGGGGAGGGGGUUGUGGUCACCCCAGGGUUUUUUUUAAAUGUAAUGCCCGUUUGUGUGGAAUAUUUGAUUUGUUAUCUUUUAUACCUUUGAUUUUAAAGCUCUUUUUAAAAAGUACCAACUCAUGUCAACAAAGCCAAUUUAAUUUAAAUACACAAAUAACUAAAAUCCAUUACAUCAGAAUGGACUUCAUGAUGGGGGAGUUAACACACCUGCAUAUAAAUGUGUAUAUACAUGUAUAUGUUUGCAUAUUAUGUGUAUAUACAUAAAGGCAUACAUACUUUGUGAAUUUACACAUGAGCUUCCACUAAAAAUCAGUUACAAAGGGGGACUGCUUCCAUUUCAUCUUGGUGGCAGUUAAUAGCUUUCAGACUGGCAGGGGCAAUUAACAAGCAGACCUGUGGAUGUCUUAAAGGUUAAGAGAUGUAAAAAACAGUCUGAACUUUUACUGAUAAAUUGCAGCCAUGCUGUUUCUUAAUGAGUUUGCAAGUCACCAUACAAUGCUCUAAUGGCCAUUUGUAUAGAUGCUUAUUACUAUCAUUUCUGUGACAGCAUCUCUGUCAAACUUGGAGUUGUUCAUGCAUAAAAAUAAUUUAGUAUGACAGUUUCUGAGACCUAAUUUCUGCAAAUUAUUCAGAGAUACUAUCGCAUUGUAAGCCUUUUUCUAUAUGAAUUCUUCACUUUGAUUCUGAAAGUAAUGCGCAAAACAUAUUUGCGUUGUGAUUAGGUGUUUGAAUAAAAAGGAGACUGGCAUUCGAUUUCAGCAGCAGGUCUGCAGCAUUGAUGUUGUAUAAACACUGGAGCUUCUCAAACGCUUACAGUAUCUCCUAGUUGGCCGCAGAAUUGGAGUCUGACUUCACAGCAUCCGGAAGCCUGUCCCAUUUCUAGCCCUUGUUUUAAAGGCAGAGCCUCUUCCAUACCUGUUGUAUAUUUUCCACUAUCCAGCAUCAAGGCUCUUAUUUCUUUUAAAUGUGCCCAUUAUCUCACAAGCUUUUCAAGGCCGUUGAAACAGCAGUUUAUUUUUUUCUAAGGAAGAAUCAAACUGAAAAUCUCAGUGAUAAGAAAAGUUUGGGAAAUGAGAGCACCUAUAAUACCGAGAUGCAACUAAAAUGUAUCUUGAAGGAAAAGGAUACUAUUGUAACCGGACUUCAAGGAAUAAUUUUGGAGCUGCAUGUUUUCAUAAUUUGAGGGAUUGUUCAAUGGCAAUUUUAUCCCCCCCCCCCAAGGAUGUAAAUGUUUUUUUGGACAGAUGUUGCUAUCAGGAUCAUAUGAAAGAGAUAAAGUUGACAUAAAAAGUUAGACAUUCGGAUGUUGUUUUAAACAAAACAAAAUGUUAUCGAUUGCUUUUCUUAAAAUUGAAGAGAAACAAGUUGUAAACUUUAUUAUAAAAAGGAAAUUCACAUUUGUAAACUGGGGAAGUACUGUAAAUAAAAUGUUUUCUUUAGACAUA